GCUACUUGCAGCGAGCCGGAGCCCAGAGCCAGCCAACAUGCAGGCCGGGAAGAGCGCGAUGGAGGCGACCAAGGAGGCCGCGGCGAAUCUGGGCGCGUCGGCAAACGCCGGCAUGCAGAAGACCCGCGCCACCGUGCAAGGCCAGGUGGAGAAGGCCACGGCGCACAACGCGUCGGACAAGGCCGCGGCGGAGGCGACCCAGCGGGAGCGCGUGCGCGCCGCGGAGGAGGAGAAGCAGGCCGCCAUGCGCGCCAACGCGGGCGCCAAGGAGCGCGCCUGCGGCGCGCACCCGUCGCAGGGCGCGCCGGGCAUCGUCGACGCCGCCCGCCAGCAGGGCCACGGGGCCGCCCCCGCGGGCGGGCACGUCGAAGCCGGCGUCGGCGAGACCAGGCCCGUCGCGAGGGCAACUGGUACGACGCGGGCCAGCGCCGCGCACAACCCGCACGUCGGGAGCGACUUCUCGCAGGCACGCGGCACCGGAGGGCAGUACCAGUGAGCUCAAAGCUCAGGCGCAGGCGCUUAGCUAUGUGUGUACACUUUUUCAGUCCGCGUGCGUGUGUGCGUAUUCUAUCAUCAUCAUAUGACCUAUGUGGACAAGAUGUGCUUGUACUACAUGAAUAAGUUUGCCCGUGCAAAA